CGGCUGUUCUCCAGCGAGGACCUCGAGGACCUCGGAGCCCGCGGGCUGGGCGCGGGUCGUCCAGACGCAGGGGCACAGACUGGAGACCAAGAGGCUUGGGGGACCUGGCCGGAGACAAGCCGGGGGUCGCCAGCUUGAUUGUGACCCUGCUUGGGGACAGGCGCUGCAGUGGAGACUGGACAGGACGCAGCCUUUCUGCUAGACAAGACUGGCCGUGGCUUUCAGCUGGACCCGGGAGGGCCCUGGGACACCCCGCGCCGCACGCUCGGCCGUCCGCCCUUCGGAAGCUCCGGGCCGAUGCUUCAGAGAAGCUGCCCAUCUUCACCGAGGAGACCGUGGCCUCGGAGCACACGGAAAUGAUUUCAUCCAUCGUCAUCUCACAGCUGAUGGAUGGGAAUAAGUCGAGGGAGAACGGGGUGCCCCUGCCAGUGUCAUGUGCCCACACGCAGUCCCCCGCCUGUUCCAGGAAGCAGCCCCUGGCCGACCACAGUGGGGUCACCAUCCACAGGGCGUUCGCCCUCCUCCCCGGCACGUGGGGCACUCGGACUCCGACAUCUGAGCGGCUGGGGCCCGAGAUAGAGCCGCUGCCCAAAGGGGAGCCGCCCAGCGGUGCCCCCCAAAGAGGCUUUUCGUCCAUCACCAUCACCGCCAGGCGCGUGGGCCCCCCCGCCAGCGCCCUGGAGUGGGAGGCCGUGGGGGACCCGCCGUGCACGAAGUGCAGGGUCCAGCCCGCGCUGCUCGGGCGCCCUUCGGCCGGCGCGGAUCCUCCCGGGCGCCCGAGGCCCGUUCCGUGCACGGGCGACUCCAGAAGCUGCUCUGGGGUGAGGCCGAAGGCGCCGGAGACCCACGUGCGGCCGUGUGAGGGACACGAGUGCUGGGUCACCGGCGUGGACGCUGGAGAGGACGGCUUUUCCCCCGACACCCCGCAGGAGGCCAGGGGCCCGCUGGUGUUCAGCUCCUGCGUCCACCUGCGUGUGUCCCAGCAGUGCCACAGCCCCACCUACGCCCCGGACAGGCCCCUGUCGGUGCCCGCCGGGCCGCGGACUGCCCGCCCUCAGCUGCACAGGUCGGUGCUGUCCGUCAGCCUCAGCUGCAGUUCACACAGCCUGACACCAGAUGGGGCAGGCGCCCCGGCCAACCCCGAGCCAGUGGGCGGGGCCCGCAGGCGGGAGCCCUGGCCAGGACCACCGGGCCCCUGGGGCCCCUGCUGGGACACUGGUUUGCCAGAGGGUCUGGCCAAGGAAAGCCCGUCGCUGGGGCAGGUGCACCUGGGCGGCGGCACCUGCCCGCGGAGCGCCUCGCCUUUGCUGGACGGCGCGGAACACCGAGACCCGGAGUGGAGCCCCAUCACCCUGCGGACAGGGCCGGGGCCCUGCGCCCCCCGGCGCCCCCGAGGUGGGGCCAGCCAGCUGUCCAUCCACAUCCCAGGCUGGAGCUACAGGGCAGGGGGUCCCGCCUGCUGUGACUUGGUGGUGAAAAUAAAGGGAAGCGGGGAGAGGGGGGCGCUCCCAGCGCCCGAGCCCCAGCCGGCGCCCCCCGAGGAGCCAGACACACCCGACCCGUCGGAGGACUGUGCCGAGGGCCAGGCGACGCCCGCCAGCCCCUGGACCUUACAGGAAGCGCUGGAGGCCCACAAACCGCAGUUCAUCUCUCGCUCGCAAGAACGCCUGAAAAAGCUUGAACACAUGAUCCACCAGCGGAAGACCCAGCGCAAGGACCCCCCGGCGCAGACGCAGAGUUUCCUGCCCGUGCGCGCCGCCAAGAAGCAGUUCACCGUGCCCCACCCCCUGAGUGCAGGGACAGCCGCACGCUGCAGCGGGAGCGGAGCAAGUCCAGAUUCUUGGCUCCCGGCGGACAUUUGCAAGAGCUCCCCUUACCCUUUGUCAGCUGCAAGACAGCUCAGGGACAGAGGUGGACCCCAGCUGGUCUGCGUCAACAUGUCACCCCGAAGCCUCCUUCCUGCUGGGGCUCAGGGCCCGAGCCCCAGCUUUCCAAGCCCAGAGACGCCGGUGCACGCGGAGCCUUGCGGGGCCUCCGCACUCGCCAGAGAGGAGGCUCUGCAGCUGCCCCCCGGCAGCCACCGUGCUGCUGGCCGGGUCAGCCUGGCCGGCAAGGCCAGCUCCGCUCGGGACACGUCCAUGCUGGCCAGGCUCCACCUGAGUGCAAACGCCGACGAGACAUCUGAGGCCUGUGCCGGUCGAAUCUACGAUAACCUGCCCGAAGUGCGGAAGAAGAAGGAGGAGCAGAAGAAAAGGGUGCUGCUGCAGAGCAACCGGCUGCGCACCGAGAUCUUCAAGAAGCAGCUCCUGGACCAGCUCCUGCAGAGGAAGGCGGUGUAGCAAGGCCGCGCCCCACCCCGGACGGGCGCCCCGGUCGCCAUUAAACUCAGCUUGCACGACACCCAGCAUUGCUUGGGAUUUUUUUUUUUUUUUCCAUUAAGAAAACACGGCUCCCUGACUGCUGAUCACAGCCCAGCAAGGCCGGCCCGGAAAAGUGGGUCCAGGCCACGUCACCCGCUAGAUCCAGGCCCUUCCCUGGCCCUUCGCAUUUACCUUUUGCUUCUGCUUUUCCCUCCUGCCGUUUGAGCCGGGCCAGAGGCCCGACCACUCCCGCUUAGAUCCUGCGGGUCAUUUUCAUCCAUGCUCCUUCUUCAGUGCCAGCCCCAACCUCUGCUGGGUCUGUAAGCGCCUCCGCCUGGCCCACGCAGAGCGUUUGGGAGUGCAGGUGCACUGGGCCCACGCCCGGGUACGAUGCUCCCCUGGGGCCCUGGGGGCUCUUCCCGGAUCCUGGGGGAGGCCUGUUUCUCUGGGCCCAGGCGGUGAGAGCAGCCCGCAUUACCCCACCCCACGCACAGCGUUUUCAUUCAGCAAAAGAGUUAUGUCCAUGGAAGCUGGAAAGCAGAAUCAACUGGAAAACAUGGUGGUCGCUGCAGUGUUUCCUGCAAAUACCACCACCAGCCCCUGAAAAACCACUGCUCGGCGCGGCUUUUGGGGACCCUAAAGCAGCCGAUGGCUCUUCCAAAUGCUGAGAUGUUUGGGUUUUAUAUGUGUGUUUG